AUGGAGACCACCUACCGGCAUUGGCCGCAGCUGCUAAUACAGCAUCCAAUCACGCCGGUAAAGCUUGAGGGCGGGGCGGCUGUUUCUUCCACUGCCGACGCAAUGCAGCCCAAGGAGAUGGCCAGUUCAGGAGACGAGAGCAGCGAGGAUGUAGAUAUUGUCGGCUUGAAGGAGGGCAAGUGGGAGAUGAUUAGCAGCGGAGAGGCCCCAUGUUGGCGCAGCCAUGCAGAAACUGCUCAGCAGCUUCCUGCGGCAGGUGAUGCUGAUAUGACAACCGGCGACGCUGUGCUGUCAGCGCGUCAGGCGCCGAUGGCAGGUCCUGCCACCGAGGCGGAGGACUCGUCUUUUGUCCGGAGUGUCCUGAUGGGGGGUCCUGGCGAGGACAGGGAGGACCUGCGUGCUGACCAGGGGGUCCUUUCCGCCGGCGGGGGAAUGGAUGUGCUGGCCGGUGACUGCCGACAGCAGUGCAAGGCGCGGGCCAAUCAGCCAGAGAGGCUUUCAGAGCAUGGCAGUGAUGAGGAGGGUGAGGAAUCCGAGGGUGAUGACCCCACUGAUGCAGACUAUUUGGGAGGGCCAGAUCGCCCUGGGCCCAGCAAAAGGGAGAAACAUGCGCGCCAACUGCUGUCGAAGCAGCACACUUGGCCGGAAUGUGCCACGCAGCCAAAAGCGUGCGCCGAGAUGCGCGGACUUCUCGUUGAAGUAUUGGAUGCGUUGGAAAAGGGGGUAACCCCAGACAUUCUUGAAGUGUUCAAGGAACGAGUCAGUCCGGCAAGUGUGCCGGACUAUCGCGUCCAUGUGGCGGCCACCGACGAGGUGUGGUUGAGCUUGAUCAGGAAGCGCGCUAAGAAUGGCACUCACUAUUCGCUCGAGUCCCUAGUAAGGGACUUUGAGCAGAUGGCGGCCAACGCACGAAUCUACAACACGCCCGGCAAGGGAAGAUGGGGCGACACUGAUAUCAUUAAAGAUGCAGAGACAAUUUUGUCCGUUGUGAAGAGGGAGAUUGAGCUGCGCGCUGCUCAGUUUGCAGCCUUGACUGCACAGACAGCCCCAGAGGCUGCCUGCGGAGUCAACAUCGUGGCUAAUUGCGCCACCGGCAGCAUGCAAGCCAACACCAGCGCAGAUGAGAGCUCUGCUGCAAGGGAGCACCAGGACAUUGACCAGCAAGACGGCACAGCUGCCGUUGCAGGGCCCCCCAGCGGCACUGAGGGAGGGCCCCCCGCUCUGGCAGGGGGGUGCCAGAGGUCAGAGCUCCAAAGGCAGGGGUCAGGGGUGCCGCUUUCGGAGCUCAUAGCCGCCCGCCGCGCCGCGGUCCGGCAGGCCUCGGUGGGGGACCCGGGUGAGCAGGACCCCGCGGCGGUGGUCCCAGCGGGGGGGCCAGGCGGCCUGCAGCCGCGGCAGCCGUCAGCCGCCCAGUUGAUUCCUGCGCAUACGCAGCCAAUGCAGCAGCCAGCCCCUGCGAGCGAUGCCAAUGCCGUCCCUCAAAACGAUCUCAUUCAGCCGCUGGGGUUAGCUCCGGCAAUCCCCCAAAGUUCUGGGGUGGAGAAAACGCCAGCGCCACGCCAGCCGGCUCGAUGA